AUGGACGGCGAUCUUGCUCCUGCCCGUCAUACGAUCAGCCGCUUCCCCGUCGAGGUCUGUGAGAACAUAAUAGACCUCCUUUACUCGGUGGACGUCAAAGACCAAGUAGAACAUUCCCGCGCCUUACACCACUGCGCCCUAGUAUGCAGAGCUUGGCGUGUUCGCUCACAACGCAAUCUGUUCUACUCGGUCGUUCUCCAUGACCUCCCAGCACUUCAUAGGUUUGCGGCCGUCCUCGGCAACGGACCUCAUCUACGCGACUACGUCCACGAAGUGACGCUCAUCGGACGCACCCUCCACACCACAGCAAGUCCCCUCUCGGUCUUUCCUGUCGUCCUUCAUGGGAAGCUUCCCAGGCUAGAGGAACUUACGAUCAACCAUAUCGCGAAGCCUCUACAGUACCUGCCUCUGCAUCCCCGCUUCCCCCAUUUUCUCUCGGCAUUCAAGAAUGUCGCUCGUCUCUUUGUCAUCAAGGUUACAUUCCUGCACCUCAACGACUUUGUCAGGAUCGUCAACGCCCUUCCGGCCUUGCAAAUGCUUUAUUGCCAUCAUGUGCGCUGGAGGACCCUCGGCCCUCUCCCGGUGUCUACAAGACCGAACCUAGACGAGCUGCAACUGGUAUGA